ACCAUUUGAUUAGUCCGAUCUAGGAAAUAUAAUCCGUCGUCUGCUGCCCGAAUCCCGUCUAGUAUAGGAUUGAGUCCCUCCUUUCUACAUGAUGGUGCUGGAGAAGUAACUCUAGCUCCUGUGAGUGUCCCUUGGGCAAAUGGUGCUCCCUUGGCUUUUCCACUCCAUUCUCUUGCUGUCGUCCCUACUGCGCCACGCAACAGCACAAACCACACCGCCCCCAGGAAAUUGCUCCCAAGCCUGCGGAACCGUUGGAAUUCCUUACCCGUUUGGAAUCGGAGCGAAGUGUUAUCUCAACAACUGGUUCGAGAUCAAGUGCGAGUCUGAGCGCCCGUUCCUGGCGAGCGUGGGGUUGGAGGUCCUGCAGAUCACUCUGGCUACUUAUGUAAAAGAGCAAGGCAUCAUUCGCGUUCAGUCUCCGAUCAUGUACUCCAACUGCAGCGAUGCGGGAGAUACCAGUGCUCCUGUUAGCUUGGAAGGAAGUCCAUUUGCGUUCUCUCAGACCAAGAACAGCUUCGCCGCGGCCGGCUGCAACAUGCGAGCAUUCCUGAGGGAAGCCGGGUCGAGGUCUAUUGGGUGCGAGUCGGAUUGCGAUGAAGGUAGAACAGCAAGCAACAUCAGCAGUUGCACUGGGAAAAACUGCUGCCAGAACGAAAUCCCAGUGGAUCUCAAGAUCUUCAACGUGACUAUAGGUAGCAUCAGUCCUGGUAAAGAUGAAGAAGGCUGCAAUUAUGCUUUUCUGGUCAAAAAACAGUGGUUGGUGUCCAACAUGAUCGACCCCUUGACCUCGCUGCACAUGAAAAAUUUUCCUGCGGUUCUGGACUGGGGAUUGAACAAACUUGCUCUCGAUGCGCUCGGACUGACAUAUUAUCCUGCCCCUGACUUUACUUCCCAUGCUUACCGUUGUGGCAAUGCCUCCGACAAGUCGUACCUGAAUUCUGAAAACUCAACCACGCAAUGUGCUUGCUUCCCCGGCUAUGAAGGAAACCCUUACCUUGCAGUUGGAUGCCAAGGAACAUGCGUGGACAUUCCUGGGAUUAACACAUGCGGACCCAAUGAGGCCAAAUUCAUCAUUAUAGGAGUUGGCAUGGCCCUCUUACUUCCGUUUCUGCCCUUCUACACUUGCAAACUGUACGGAGAUAUCAAGAGUAAAAAGGAGCUCAGGGAAAAGUUCUUCUUCAAGAAGAAUGGCGGGCUUUUAUUGCAGCAGCGACUAUAUUCAUUGGAACGCAACGUCGAGAAAACCACAUUGUUCAAAGUGGAGGAGCUGGAGAAAGCUACGGACAAGUUUAAUGAGAAUAGAAUACUCGGUCAAGGUGGCCAAGGCACCGUCUAUAAAGGAACGUUGGCAGAUGGAAGAAUUGUGGCAAUCAAGAAAUCAGAGGCGGUUGAUGAACGGAAGCUCGAGCAGUUCAUCAAUGAAGUCGUCAUUCUCUCACAGAUCAACCACAGGAAUGUGGUUAAGUUGUUGGGAUGUUGCUUGGAAACAGAAGUUCCUUUACUUGUUUAUGAAUUCAUCCCCAAUGGAAACCUUUCCCAAUACAUUCACAACCAAAGCGACGAGUUUCCGUUGACAUGGGAUAUGCGACUGCAAAUUGCUGUUGAAGUUGCGGGUGCUCUUUGUUACUUACAUUCUGCAGCUGCAAUUCCCAUUUAUCACCGAGAUGUAAAGUCUACAAACAUUCUUCUAGACGAGAAGCACCAGGCAAAGGUAGCCGAUUUUGGGACAUCAAAGUCAGUGGCUGUCGACCAAACUCACCUGACGACAAGAGUACAAGGCACUUUUGGCUAUUUGGAUCCUGAGUACUUCCAAUCCAGCCAGUUCACCAAGAAGAGUGAUGUUUAUAGCUUCGGAGUAGUUCUUGCAGAAUUGCUAACUGGUCAAAAGCCGAUCUGCUCGGCUAGAUCAGAAGAGGAUAGGGGUCUAGUCUCGUACUUCAUUGCCGCGAUGAAUGAGAACAGACUUUUCGACACCAUCGAUCCACGGGUCAUUGAUGAAGCUAAGAAAGAAGAGAUUACUGCACUUGCUUACCUCACAAAAAGGUUCUUGAACAUGACCGGAAGGAGGCGACCCACCAUGAAAGAAGUCAUGGUGGAACUCGAGGGAAUAAGAAUGUCAAGAAUGGGGUCCAAUGCUGACUCGUUUCAUGAUGAAAAUGAUUCGGAUGAGAAUGACCUCAUCAAUGCCUCGGAGAAGUAUGAUUCUGAUUCAGAGGACUCUGGCCUAGACAUUGAAGUCGCAUAAUUUUCCAAAGUCGAGCCAUUCGCAUCUUUUUAGGAACAAUGAACAGAUUUAAUGCUGACGGAGCAUGGAAUUCAUUUUGCUUUGUUCCGUAGUAAUGAUGUUUUGAGAUUAGUUCUUUAGUGCUUUACCUUGAUAUGCUUCUGUUGCCACCACAAAGGGUGCAAUUUGAUUAUGUUUUUGUAGAUAACGCUUCCAGCCUUUUGACAACACUA